AUGAACGACGGGAAUCUAGGCGACAACAUCGCUCAUCAUGCGGAAAAGGCGGAGAGUCAGCUGCCUCAGAACCGUCAGGUCGCAAACGAUGAAGCUCACCUCCAGCCAAGUCGCUGGUGGUUUGCCUCGUCGGCAUUCCCUAUGAUCGCAGGCACGCUCGGGCCUGUCGCCUCCGCGUUCAGUAUCUGUGCUCUGUGUCGCCCGUGGGUGCAAUACCUUCCUCCUGAUGCACUGGUGACGGAGGCGGAGUUUGUUGACGACCCAAAUUGGCUCACCGUCGUCAACGCUCUUCAGCUCGCCAUCGCUGUGGUUGCCAAUGCGUUUCUGCUUCUCAACAUGGCCAAAAGAGUGCGUUUCAGCAUUGCCCAGCCCAUCACGAUUGUUGGGUGGUUUACGUCGUCUUUUAUGCUGAUAGGCCUGCUGGGAGCCGCCAGCGCGUCUCUUGGGAAGGGUCCCGCGCCCAAGGACCAGUACAUCUGGUCCCAGGCGUUCUGGUACGGCAUCUGGGCGGCGAUUCUCUACUUUGUGACCUCGUCGCUCAUGGUCGUGACCUUUCUUGGCGCGUGGAAGGACAAGUAUCCCAAGGAUUUUAUGCUCACAAUGAGCCAGCGGACACUGAUGCUACAGACGGUCAUGUUCCUCGUCUACCUCCUUCUCGGUGCCCUUCUCUUCUCUCAUCUCGAGGACUGGAACUACCUCGACACGGUAUACUGGGCGGACGUGACGCUCUUCACAAUCGGCUUGGGCGACUACUAUCCUACCACCACUGUGGCCGAGGCGCUCCUUAUUCCAUACGCGUUCAUUGGCAUCAUCAGCCUCGGUCUGGUGAUUGCGUCGAUACGAAGUCUUAUGCUCGAACGCGGUCGCAAAAGGCUCGAUGCUAGGAUAGAGGAGAGGAGGCGGCGCCUAGCCCUGAAGCGCAUGGAGCGCAGCGGCACCGACACCUUGUUGGAGCCCAUAUCGGAGGAUCGCGCGACGCCGGGUGAUGACGAUGACUAUGAUGGUCUGCCUUCGCCAGGGGACAGUCACACACCGUCCAACGAGUACGAACGACGCAAGGCAGAAUUCGAGCUGAUGCGCACCAUCCAAGACAAAGCAGCGACACGUCGACGAUGGAUAGCGCUGGUCAUCUCGCUGGGCACAUGGCUCCUGUUGUGGAUGGUCGGCGCCGUCAUCUUCCGGAAAUUCGAAAAGCCAUACCAGGGCUGGACGUACUUCACUGGCUUUUACUUCUGCUUCACCAGUCUGACGACGAUUGGCUACGGGAAUCAGGCUCCCAUCUCGCCCGGCGGCAGAUCCUUUUUCGUGUUCUGGUCCCUCCUCGCCUUGCCCACGACCACAGUCCUGAUCUCGACGGCUGGCGACACCGUUGUCAAGGUCGUCCGCGAUGCGACCAUCUCACUCGGUAACGUGACGAUCCUGCCGGGCGAAACGCCCAUCAUGAAGGAGCUCAUGCACGCGGCUAGUGUUAUGACCCACGGUUUGAUUUUCAAAAGCCAUCUUGAAUCGCCGCGAAAACCGAUGCCUCCGUUCCGCAUAAAUGUCGUUAGCACCUCCUCACUUGAGGAACCGCCUCAGAUGGUCGACGAGCAUGGACCAUCGGAUGGCGAGGAACGUGGCCGACAGACCUCGCUCGAUCCCGAGUCUGCGGGCUCUCAAGCACGCGAGACGUCCACCUUUACCAACCACGUCCGCCGCUCUCUCUCUCGAAUGCGCGACCCCCUGAGCGAUGAACUGCCCACCGGUCUGGAUUUCCAAUUCCUCCUCAUCUCGGAGAUACAGGUCGUGGCGCUGCACAUACGUGAGGGCCAGUCUAGGAAGUACAGCUUUGAGGAGUGGGCGUGGUAUCUACGACUGAUCGGGGAAGACGAGCGUGACGCGGCCACCCAUCGGAAGCCAUCGCCCAAGGACACUCGGCACAGGUUUCGAGGGAUCAAGCCCAGGAAAAAGGCAGACCGUGGAGGCUCGGCUAGUCCGCCGGAGGGGGGUGAGCAUGAUGGGGAGCAUGAUAAGUGGUCGUGGGUCGGACAUCGGAGCCCGCUUAUGGGCUCGCAGGAGGAGAGUGAGUGGAUCCUGGAUAGAUUGAUGAACCGGCUGGGGGAGAGCCUGUCGGAGGAAAGGAGGAAGCAGUUGGGGAAUGAAGAGAUGGAUGGGCCGUCCGGGCUUGAGCGAAAGGGAGAGGGGCGACGAUAUAGCGAGUAA